AUAAAGAAGGGAACGACCCCCAACACUGAUAACCGGAUCCAGUUGAGUACCAGAUGGCUUCAGCACGAGUACACUGGAACACGACGCUGGUGGCGCUAGCGUUGCUGCUUGUCGUCCCGAGCGCGCUUCCGGGCGCCCGCGGCCAGCAACGCUCGGCCGACCGUACCGGGGCCAUCAUUUUCCCGGACGAGAUGAACACGCGGUACGAGGCGGCGAAGGAAAAGCGCGACCUGUCCAGCAGCGCCGAGCAGAGCCCGGAGGACGUGCAGGAUUGGUCGGACGAGUCGCACGAGCUACCGAUAAGCCACGCCCGGCAGCUGGCUGAGAUCAACUCGACCGCCGACUUGCUCGCCCUGCUCGAUCCGGACUCCGUCGACCAUCGGAUCUUCAUGAACGGUGGAGAGUUUAGCGGACGGGACAUCGGAGAGGUUCCAGUGCCGGCCGCGUGCGAGCCCGAGAUGCAGCUGGUGGACCUGCGGCCGGAGAACCUGACCGGCACCCGAUUCUACUCCUAUCCGACCUGCACGCGCGUCAAGCGCUGCAAUGGCUGCUGCAAUACGAACCAGCUGGUCUGCGAACCGGUUGCCAACCGGAAAAUUCUGUACAAGGUGACCAUCCUAGAGUACCGUGGGAGCGGCAAGCGGGAUCGGUUCUCGCGCCUGGAGGUUGUGCCGGUCGAUGAGCACCUCAAGUGCAAGUGCCAGUGUCGCGUGAAGGAGUCGGACUGCAACGAGCUGCAGGCGUACAACCCGAACAACUGCCGCUGCGAGUGCACCAACAAGGAGGACCGCAGCAAGUGCCUGCAGGAGCGCCAGACCAAGCAGUGGAACGCCGAAACCUGCACCUGCGACUGCAUACCGCGCACGGAAGAGUGCACCAGCGGCUCGCACUACGAUCGCACCGCCUGCAAGUGCAUACCGAAUGACUUCUACACGUAUGACGGCGCACCGGACGGUUCCGGGCCGCCGCCGGCCGUCUUUCUGUCCAGCUAUCCGUCCUUUGCCAAUCGCAAACGUAGCAUUAUCGCACCUUCGCCCCAGGGAAGAAAGUAAACAACGAGUAGAGGAGGGCGACGGUAGAGGCGGCAGUAGCAGCAGCAGCAGCAUCAACAGGCACCAGCAGCAGGAAACCAUUCAGGAUACUGUGGGACACCGAAGAAACGCAAGGUGGUAAAGGUGGAUGUCGUGCAGCUCUAGAUGCGGAGAUGAGGGGGGAUGGGGAUAGAGGUCACGAUAACAACGCGAACCGCAAACCCAAUAUAUGCCGUAUAUAACCGCUGGCAAGACUGUUUUUUUAAGGACCUGCGUGUCUAAGUUAGGAUCAACAUUUUAGGAACUAACCUUCCCCAAGGAACCACCUAUAUCGCCCAAGGAGUAUCCGUUUUGUGUGCAUGUGUGUGAAUGUGUGUGUAUGUGCGCGUGUUCAUGUGUGUAUGUGCUUGGGGGAGGGGUGUGGGUAGUGUACCCGCGAGCCAUCGUGAGGCUGCCGGUGGUCCCAAGGUAGUAGAGAAAGGAUUGGAUACCCAAACGACGGCUCCGCGCAAGAAGAAAGGGUUUAUCCUUUUGUAGCUAAUCUAAGCGAACCGAAUAGUAUCAAUUAAAGUUGCUAUGAUAUGAUAUCUAGUGAAUUCUGAACACCA